UACCACAUUGUGAUUAACAUCUUUGCUGAGAUAAACAUCUCCAAGAUCUCUUAUUUUGACAGACACUUUUUUCUUCUUUUCUUUUUAUUAUUAGUAUAUUUUAAAUAUGAAUAAACGAAGUGGUGAUUGUGGUACAACUGAGCAACGUUUAAGAAGUCCAAAGUGUGCAAGAUGUAGAAAUCAUGGAAUAAUAUCAGGUUUAAAAGGACACAAAAGAUCAUGUGCAUGGAAAGAUUGUCGUUGUCCUUGUUGUCUUCUUGUUGUUGAAAGACAAAGAGUUAUGGCUGCACAAGUUGCAUUGAGACGACAACAACAUGCACAAAAUACAUUUAUUUCAAAUGAACAAAUAAUUGGUGAUGAUAUUGAAUCGUAUCAACGUUUGAGAAAUCAAAGUGAAUCAACUACUGGUCUUUGUCAAAGAAGACUCAGAAAUUUUCACAGACAUCAUCAUCAUCAUCAGCUUCAAGUUACCCAAACAAGUAUCAGUGUAACACAAAAUUUUCAAAGUCUCAAUGGUGUACAACAUCUUAAAAAACCUCUCAUUUCAAAUGGACAUUUACUUGGAGCAGUAUCAUGUGUCGAGACAGAUGAUACGAAUAAUACAGGAACAACAGUAGAUCUACAAAAUUACUAUCCAACUUAUCCAAAUAUUUCUUGGCUUGGUUGUUUUACUGAAUCAUCACAAAAUUCAAAUGAUCUUGAUAUUUCAACAACUGACAUAACACAUAAUUCAACAAUUCAAACAAUUAAAAAACCACAAAUUUCAUUCAGUGUUGAAUCCAUCAUUGGAUCAUCUGAUAAUCAUCAAAAAGGAUAA